GCCAGUGACGUAGUAGCAGAAAGCAACAAGAAGUAAAACAAAUCGAGUCAUAGUUGGUAGAAAGGGUUAUUCGCGUAGGUAUUUAUUCAUAAUAAUAGUUCAGUGAACUAGUGAAAUUAAAAGAAAUAAUUAUCUGUACGUCGUACCGAAGAAAGUGAAUAUCUUAUAAACUCAACAGAAUCAGAAGUACUUCGAGUGCAGUUAAACGGAUAGCCUGCUGGAAAAAUGUUGUGCCAUAACUUGUUCACCUUUCUUUUGCUAGCGUGUGUGUUAAAAGCAUCGUUAUGUCAAGACAAUAACGUGUGUCCGAGUUAUCGGGAUUAUAUAACCAUGAAGAACAACUCCAACUGCUGGUACAACUUCGCCGCUGAUCUCAAAGUGCCGGAAAUUAUACGAAGAUCUGGUUAUCCCUUCAUUGAAUACAAAGUCCAGACUAAAGACGGCUACAUCCUUUCGGUCUUCAGGAUACCAAGCGUGCAACAAAAAGCUCCCGUUUUCAUGUUGCAUGGCAUUCAGAGCACUUCGGGCAUUUUUGUCGGCAUGGGAAAACAUUCCCUUGCCUUUCUCCUUGCAGACGCAGGUUAUGAUGUUUGGUUGGGCAAUUAUCGCGGCACUGAAUACUCCGAAGGCCAUACGCACUUGAAUAUAACCCAAAGGGAGUACUGGAAUUACGGAGUCGACGAAAUUGCCUUAAUCGACGUUCCGACUAUGCUAAAUUUAGUCAGAUAUUACACGUGGAAAAGAGGGAAAAUUAUUUAUAUUGGACAUUCUUUAGGAACGUCGGCUGCAAUGAUGUAUGCUUGUGAAUAUCAAGAACAUGCCAAAGAAACUGUUAAACUAUUCAUAUUUAUGGCUCCUGCAUACAAACUAAAUAAUAUGAGGUCGCCUUAUCGGGUGUUUUUCCCUUUAAUGAGGACAGCUCUGUCCCUUUCCAACAACUUGAACAUUGUGCAGAUAUUUUCUCGAGGAUAUGCAAGAAGACUCACGCGGCCUACAUGUCUCGCAGCUCCGUCGUUGAUGCUUUUAUGUCUGAGUUUAGUGAAUCUCUUUCUAGGACCCUUCACACAAAUCUCUCCGGAGACAGUCCCUGUACUUUUCAAUCAAUUACCUGGUGGUACUUCGUUAAAAACUCUUACUUAUCUAUCAGAGGCUGUAAGAGGCCAGUUUAGAAAAUUCGAUUACGGUGGGAGAAAUUUGUUUAUGUAUGGUAAUUCCACACCACCAUCGUAUAAUAUUUCCAGAGUGGAAGUACCAGUUUUUAUUUUUUAUGCCUCGCAUGAUUGGGCAACUUCAAAACCUGAUGCAAUCAAUUUAUAUCGAUCAUUACCACCGGCUUCCAGGUUCGGUAUUUAUGAAAUAUCGAAUCUCAGGUUUAACCAUUUUGAUUUUCUCUUCGGAAAAGAAGCAAAGACUUUGGUACAUGAUAAAAUUCUCCAAGUGAUUGAGAAUUUUCCAAAUAAAACACCUCUUCGGAAAUUGAGAUUGGUUUUGUUGUUUCUGCUUUGUGUGAUAGUGCUACUAGGGUGUUUAAUCCGAAACGGUUUAAGUGAAUACAACAAUGUCUGCCCGACUUUUGAGGAUUAUUACACGAUGAGAAACAAUUCGAAUUGUUGGUAUGAUUUCACAGCGGAAUAUGAUGUUCCCACUGUCAUACGCCUUAACGGUUAUCCCGUCAUCGAGUACAGAGUUCCCACUGCCGAUGGAUUUAUUCUAACAAUGUUCCGGAUUCCCAGCAAAAAUCCCGAAGCCCUAAAAUAUCCGGUUUAUCUCCAACAUGGCCUAGUAGCAACUUGUGCUUACUUUGUGGGCUUAAAGAAGGACUCUCUGGCAUUUGUGUUGGCCGAUGCGGGAUACGAUGUCUGGUUAGGGAAUUACAGAGGAACGCAGUAUUCGGAAGCUCAUGUGAAUAAAACAGUAUACCAGCAAGAUUAUUGGGACCAUAGUAUGGACGAAAUCGUGGCGUAUGAUUUUCCAGCUAUGUUCAACACGAUUUUAGCAAAUACAGACCCUGAUGGGAAAAUUAUUUACAUUGGGCAUUCGUUAGGAACUACUUUGUCGUUAAUGUAUGCAGCGGAAUUUCCAGAAGUUGCGAGAGAUACACUGAGAAUGUUAGUGCUGAUUUCGCCAGCUUACACUUUGGCAAAUAUGAAGUCGCCUUAUAGGCUGGCAGCCCCCUUUGGAGCCGCUAUCAUGAACAUUGUUGGUGAAUUGGAAAUGUUCCGGAUUGUUUCUCAAGCCCAACCAUUGAAGGUACUUACUGAUACUCUGUGUUUGGAAUCACCACCUUUGAUGAAGUUUUGUUUACAACUUUACAAUUUGUUCUACGGGCCACACACCGAUUUUGGACCAGAAAUGAUCCCGGUUUAUUUCAACCAACUUCCAGGGGGAACAGCGUUGAAAAUUUUGAACCAUGCAGCUGAUCUGGUUUUGGGGAAUUUUAGAAAAUAUAAUUACGUUGAUAGGAAUGAGAUGUACUAUGGGACAGAGGAACCACCGGUUUAUGAUAUUAAGAAAAUUCAAGUUCCUGUUUAUAUCAUCUACAGCUCAUCAGAUUGGGCUACGACAGCACCUGACGCUGUGAACUUAUGGAAUCACCUUUCCGAGGAAGCAAGAUUUGGUUUGAGAGACGUCGAAGCGUUCAACCACAUUGAUUUUGUUUACGGAAGACACGCCCGAACUCUUGUUUAUGAUGAUUUAGUUCGAGUUUUAAAUAAAUUUGUUAACAGUUAGUCGUUUUAUUUUUAG